AUGGAAAAAGCAUGGAAGGCCGAGCAGGAAAAACAAGAAGAGAGGCUCGAGCAGAAGAUGACCGCAAUGCUCGACCGAACCAUGAAAAUCGCUCACAUAGGCACGGGCCUAAGUUAUGAUGACUUGUGUAUGCAUCCAAAAUUAGAUUUACCCGAAGGCUUCAAGGUGCCGCGUUUUGUGUUAUUUAAUGGGGUGGGUAAUCCGAAAGCGCAUCUACGGGCCUACUGUGAACAAAUGGUUGGCGUCCGAGACAACCAAAUGCUCAUCAUGAGGCUGUUCAGCCGAAGAUUGACCAGGGAAGCCUCAAAACAGUUCAUGGCGCAAGACAUACGCCAUUGGAUUACAUGGGAAGACAUGGCUGCUGCUUUCAUGGAAAGAUUUCGCUUUAACAUGGAAAACGUACCAAACAGAUAUUAUUUGGAAAAAGUCAAACCGAAAUCCACCGAGAACUUUCGCGAGUAUGCAAGUAGGUGGAGAACAGAAGCUGCCCAGGUACAACCGCCAAUGAGCGAGGAAGAAUUAGUGUCGAUCUUCAUCCAUUCACAAGAAACGAAUUUCUAUGAUAGGAUGCUUUCAACGGGCGGAAGACCAUUCUCCGAACUAGUUAAAAUAGGAGAAGCCAUAGAAGAUGGUCUCAAAAUAGGCCGAAUCAUAAGUAUGACUGGAAAGUCCACUGGGUCAAGCUCAACUGGUUUAUAUGGAAGAAGAAGAAAGACGUGGCAAGCAUAUCCUACACUCCUAGUGCAAAACCCAAAAGAAGGGAGGAAUUCCUGA